CGAAUAUCUAGCAGAGUAAAUUAAAAAGUGCGCAUGCUUAUAACUGUGAGUCGCCUAUAAUUAGGCAACUCUUCGACAGAAGACGCUAUACAACUGGAACUCCUGUCACCUAAACGUUCUUCCCUGUGUAUACGAAAAAAAUGAAGAUUUUGGGGAUCAUUGUGCGUUUACUGGCCAUUAUAAUGGUUGCUCACGCUUACGAUUACUUACGCGCUAUACAAUUCAAAGAUAAUCUCAUUGAUUGCAGCAUAGAAAUGGAUAUAUCAACUUUCAUACUUACGAAUAUCAAGGGAGAAGUGUUCUUUUGCGCAUUGAAGAGGGAUGGCCAAAUUUUUGAGAGGUCUGCUGACAAGAUCAUAAAAGACGAAAUGUAUAAUUUUUUAAUGGAUACCAUCGAAAAUGAAAACGUAGCAACUAUUUCAUGGAGAUUAUUCCGCAUUUGCUACGAUAAUGCUGACGAAUGGAACAAAUACCCUAAAGAUAAGUGGAACUAUAUUUUUAACUGCAGCGCACCGAUUAUACCUAGGUUAAUGCUGGAAAGAUUUGGUUAAUGCUUUAAUACUUUCGUUUAUACAUUAUACAAAAUCUCUCUUCAUUCUUCAUCGGAUAUUCUGUAAAACUUUUUCUAAUACUGUUUCAACUAUUUAUCUAACUGUAUCAUCUAUAACAAAUUAGUGCCAUGAUCAUACAAUUCAACAGUGUUUCUGUAAUAAUUGUAUAAAAUGUGGCUCAUUAAAAUAUGGUUGUUCUACAAAAU